GAUUUUAUUUACAUUUAAGAAUUAAACCAACUCAAACAAAUUGAUAUAAAAGUGUGUUGAAAUAUUUAUAAAUAAAUAACAUUACUAAUUAAUAACAUGAUAAGAGAAAAUUAAUGGUUUAUGCACAAAGUAACUGUGAAAUGUGCAAAUAUUGAUCGCGGAACAGUUGCAGCGUUUGCCGAGAAAAUUUAAAAGUGAAGAUGUUGCACUAGUGUGACUCUCUGAAUUAUCAACUACGUUACCGAAAUAGURAAUUGAGAAAUGUUUAAGUGAAUCUCUAGUUGUGUCCGUAAUAAUAAUAUUGCAUCGCUGUUGAAAAAAUCUGCACUGAAAAAUCAAUAAACGCAAAGGAGACAYUGCGACAGGCACGAAAGGAAAUACAUACAUAUGUACAUAUGUACAAAUGURGAUGGAUAGUGCUGAUGCCCGCUUCUGACGAAGGAAUGCGACAAAGCUGAAUAGUUGUUACGAAUUCAACUCGUAGGAGCUGACGUUUAUUCACGUACAUACGAAUAUGUACAUACAUACAUAUAUUUKAUUAGCAGACAAAAGCAUGAAGGAAAGCAAAGUUGACAAUUGCCAUUUCGCCUGGACAUUAUAAUCAUUGAAUAAAUAUAAACAAUACGUACAUGACAAUGUCAACCUAGACUACAGCGCGAUACUAAAGGAAGCGUUUUGUUUAUACUUGUGUUGUUAUAUGUGCGCACCCACAUGCUUACUUUCCUAAAUGUGUAUGUGUGCGUGUUUCUGUGACUGCCUGUCACUUCCAGACACACUACGCUACUGCCUGCAAAUAAUAGUACAAGCGCACAUACAAUCACUCGGUCGACGCAGUGUGGAGAACCUACAAUACUAUUCAUCUACGUGCAUAGAUAGAUGCAAACAUAUGUAUGUACAUUGUGCAAAGCCAGAGCCAAGCAAACAGUGUACGCGGUGGCUGCGGAGGAAUUUUGCGCUAUUGACCGAAUAAAAUAAAAUAAGCACUGUGCUUUAARCAGAGGAAGUCUCCAAUUCAACACACAACUCACCCUGCAGAGGCUUGGCCCACCUUCAAUUCUACGAAUAAAAGAAUAUACAUAAGUGAAAACAAAUCAACGAUUGGUGAUAAGCUGCAGCGGUAGCGGGUGAACGCUGGCAAUGUGGCGCUACUUGAAUUCGCUGGGGAUGGUAUGAAGGCUGAUGAUGUGAUCGUUGACGCCUGAUUGGGUGUUUUUGUAGUAACGCGUUUAUAUAUACCCACACACACACACAUUUAUUUCAGCUUCCGAAUAUGCACUCAUGUGUAACAACAAAACACUUGUACAUGUGUUGUUAUAGUGAGAAUAAACAAUUUUGCUUUCAACAAUAAUAGCAACAUUAAGCAAUUACAACAAGCAAAAUAAGCAACGUACAUAUAAUAAAUAAUAAAUAAGCCCAAUUUUCAAGCAUAUAMUAAAUACAUUGCAAAUAGUCGAUGCAGAGCUAUACCAUAGCAUCGAAAAUAAAAGAUAAUCGAAAGGCCUAAAGGKCAAAUUUCGCWGAUUAUCAAUUACGUUACGGCAGCUUCCUCGUCACCGAACAUAUUGGAUUUCCAUUGAGAAAURUCAUUGCGUGUAUAAUACUCACAUYAGGCAACCAUCACAAUAGCUUAGCAAACAGUAUUUAGCAUAGUGAUUGGGGUUGAGCGCGGUUGAGCGCUGCGCAUUGUCAUCAGAGACUAUGGUUAAGUCAUUGGUUUCGAAGCUAUCGGCCGCAUCAUCAAAUCUAUCGCUCGCUUCAACGCUCUCCUCGGUUGGUGUGGGCAGCGGCAGUAGCGGUGUGCAGGAGACGAAUUACGCAAAACAUCGCAAUGAUCCCGGUCGAUUUUUCGGCGAUGGCGUCCARUUCAAAGCAAAGCUUAUUGGCAUACUCGAAGUUGGCGAGGCGCGCGGCGAUCGCAUGUGUCAAGAAGCCCUACAAGAUCUUAAAAUAGCCAUACGCGCAGCCGGCGAACAUAAACAACGCAUAACGAUACACGUGACAAUCGAUGGGCUGAGACUGCGCGAUGAAAAAACAGGAGAUUCCCUUUAUCACCAUCCGGUGCACAAAAUAUCCUUCAUUGCGCAGGAUAUGACCGAUUCACGAGCAUUUGGCUAUAUAUUUGGUUCACCGGACAGCGGUCACCGUUUCUUUGGUAUAAAGACUGACAAAGCGGCUAGUCAGGUCGUGCUGGCAAUGCGCGAUCUCUUUCAGGUAGUUUUCGAAUUGAAGAAGAAGGAAAUCGAAUUGGCGCGCCAGCAAAUACAAUCGAAAUCCAUACAUGAACAUCAGCUUGCCUCAUUGUCGUCGCUUAAGUCCGCCGCGGGCGGUAUUGGCACCGGCUUGGGUGGUCAUAAUGAUCUUAGCAGCAGCGGCGGGGUCGGUGGUGGUAGCGCGCUGUCCAUGUUAAGUGGCAUCGGCGGGCAAAGUCGUGCAACAGCCUCGAAUAGGUUGGGUGUCAAUUUGGAUAACAAGGGAGCAGCGAAAGAGAUGUCACCUGAAUCCGUAGCCGAUUUGGUUGAUUUGGAGCAAGAGUUAAGCUCUUUGCAACGCGGCAUCACACAAAUGGAACGUAUCACACCCAACGAGCCAGCGCAACCUACAGCAGCCGGCGUCUCUGGGAAGUCAGUUAACGAAGACGAUCCUUUUGGAGACUCAUUUACCAACUUUCCCACAUACAAUCUCCUGCCGCCUCCAGAAUCGGGACGCUCACGUCAUAAGCCCACUAAGGCGACUGAUACGGCAGUAAAUCAAACAACAACAUCAGUGAGCGCUGGUCAAAAUGUUACGCUCUCCUCCUUACUUUCGCCUGCGCCGGUCUUGAACACUUCCACCGGCACUCUGCAACAAGAAGACGACGACAGUUGGCUGCAUGAACUGGACCAGCAAAACGAUGUAUUUGACACUUCAAAAGCGGGCAACAUGAGCAUAGGUGUUGGWCUGCCAAUGGCACCACUGGCCCCGAGCGAAUCAACGUCCACACCUACACAACAAUUGAGCGAACAUUCGACACUCGUCGAUGUUGAAGCAGCUGCCAAUGYGGCAACCAACGCGAACAUGCAACCGUCCGGCGGAGCUGCGGCAGCGACCUCAGCGUCCACUUUGGGCGUCACAUCGUCUUCGCCGACACCGAUUUUGRGCGAUGGGCCGCCACAGACAGCCGCGAGUGYUGCAGUGAAGUCAGAUGCUUUUACAGAUUUGGAUCCAUUAGGCACGGGUCGCACACGUCCCUAUGUCGAUAAGAAAUACUUCUUCCAAGAGCUUAAAAACCCACCCAAAAAAGUGCUCAACGACCUGUCUUCAGGUGGCAACGGCACUGUAGAYAUAACGGCAACAGGUGUGCACUACACGGCCGCCUCGGCGGUGGUCGAUGAGUUCCUGAGCAAAGAGGGUCUCUUCGAGGAUGCCCUAACCGCUGGUAUGGACGAGCAGGGCGAAGUGGCUCAGCAGAUGCAGCCGCCGCAGCUGCAUGCCGCGCAGAAGACACAGCAUUCUCUAUCAGCACCACUUAAUAUUACUAACACUACUCAUGCAUCAGACUCCACGGCGCCUGCUGCUGGAACAACUGACGAUGUUGUAAUGAUGCCGCGUGACACCGAUCCUUUCUCACCCACACGUAAGAAGAGUGAUCCAUUUCAGGAGGGCGGUGAUGUGUUUGCCAAAUUGGACCCAUUCGAAUUUGAAUUCAACAGCGGCGACGCCACUAACCAACAUAGCUCUCCAACCGYCAGCGCGGAGACCUCUCGUCCUGCGGAUGUCUUUAAUGGUCCACUGCAGGUUAGCUUGCCGCCGGAGAGCAGUCUUUCGCCCACGUUAGCACAGCCGUUGAGYACAGCAGCRCAAUGGCGUGCUGAUGUAGCGCGCUUAGAGCGUCAAAUGARCGAACCGGUAGCAGCGAUGGGCAACGGAAGUGCCAUACCGCCAGUUGGUGUCAAUAGCACUGUGCGUUUGAGGCCGACRCCCUCGGGGCAGGUCUCAUCGGCUGGACAGCCUUCUUCCGUAUUUAAGCAGCAGACAGCGGACGUAAUAUCGAGCAUUAGCAAUAAGAAGAUGCCACACCUAUUUGGACAGGCACGUUUCUCCAAGCGUGAAUCGAAUAGUAUUAAUAUGUGCCGUUUACAGGAGAGCGACUCACUAAGCGAGAAUGAGGCGGCACCAGAGCCACCACCACGWCCGGAUUCAGCAUUGCAUGCGGAGCCGCCGCCAUUGCCGCCCAAGAAACAGUUCAAUGAUAUUGUUAUACGSCCGCGUGUGACGUCCGGUAAUGCGGUACCCCCCAGCGUCGCACCGCCGUCUUUGAGCAGUCGUUAUGAGUUCGUUAAUACAACGUCAAAGUCUUUACGUAGCGCUAAUUCCGAAGUUCCACCGAUACCAUUGCCAUCACGUCGUGUUGGUCGCUCUGAUGGCACCUACCCUGGGCCCGGUCGACCACGUAAGCCCGGACAUACCGACGAUGAUUACUUGGCGCCUAUUAGUGGUAWCGGCAGCAUUGCGAAUGCAGCUGCGGGAGAUGUGCCACCACUCUUGCCACCUCCAACGCAAAUCUCAACACGCAACCGCGCUCAACGCCAACAAUCGCUUUCUAAGUCACAGGAUAUCUACGAGAAUAAAUUGGAGAUUUUGCAACAGCAGCAGCAACAACAACAGCAGAAACGACAACAACAAGCGGUAACUGAUGGUGGCGCUGAACUUAACGUGGCAACAGCGUCUCUCAUACCCGACAUCACACUGAGCCAGCUUAUGACUCUAAGUUUGGAUGAGCURGCAGUGAAGUUGAAUGUGCCGGUGAGCAAGCUAAGCACCAUGACAUUGGUAGAACUAACAUCGUAUCUCUCGGAAUUCAUUGAGAAGUCAAAGCCRCAGCGCGAGCAAGCGCUACCUAGCCAUAUGAGUCCUCUGCCGACCCGUCGUGUAGAAAUGAAAUCUAUUAAGGCGGAGUCAUCACCUCUACCGACUCAAUCAACAGUAUUUAAGGUGAACUUUGAUCAGCAAGCGACAUUUGUGGCAAAAUUCGACGAUACGUUUGGCGAGGACUUCUCCACUCACACCGCCGAUGGGCAAGGGCAAGACGCUUUUGCAAAUUUCGAGCAAUUUAACGAGCCCCCAGUUGGUCCGCCUCCAAUAUUCACGGAUACUAGCCAAAGCGCACCAAUUGUGCCAUCAGCCGAUCGAUAUGCGGUUUUUCGUGAGAUCAUCGAUAAAGAGCUGCAAGAGCAACAAGAAAACGCGGACCUAAUUGGCGAAGUGAUUAACGAGAACGAAGACGCCGGCGGCAGCAUUAUAUCUGGAACUGAUGUUGGCGGCAUUGCUGCAGUARCAGAUGACAUUGGUGCGCACUUCGAGGCUAACUUUGAUGAUGACGAUUUUCUUACGUCCUCUGGGGGUCCACAAGUGCAACCACCAAAGAUUGAUACGAAAAUAACGGAAGUAGUGGCACAAGCAAAGGAUCGGUACGCUGCGCUCCGYGAUAUAAUUCUUGUCGAAAAUCUUUUCGACAAUAAGCGGCCAGCGGCCUUGCAGGCAUCUCAGGAGUUCCCCGAAUUCAGUGACGAGUUCAACGAAGAUCAAGAUCAAGACCUUAAGCAUAUAAUGGAUGGGCGUGCCAGCAGCAUUGGACCCGACCGCUUAGGUUUAGUAGACAGUCGUGGMUUACCAGCGGAGCCUUCCUCAUCYGCAUUGACCGUCGAGGACGACGACGAAGAUGAUGAUGGCGGAGCCGAAAGUAGUUUGGAUAGUAAUGAUAAAGAAACCCGAGUUUCUGCUGCUACACAAGAUAAAUAUGAAAAGCUGUCGACAUCCACACAACAAUUGGAUGGUGAAAAAUCUGAUAAGCUAGAUUUGAAUGGCAGCCAACCCGAACGCUGCGCCUCACAACCUUCUCCGAAUUUAUUGAAUGCCAAACAGGAUAAUAAAUUCCUAACAGUUGCGGGCGGCAGCGGACUCUCUUCRUCCAAGGAUGACUUGGAAAUUGACGAACUUAUGCAACGUGCCAUAUCUAAUUUAUCUUUGGAUUCACGCGAACGCAUCUCCCCYGCGAAUUCAGCGACAAAUAUGCCCACAGUAAUUGUGACAUCAGGAAACUCCAUAGCUUUGCCACGACCAAAUGCCACGCUCUCGUCUCAGGCGCAAUUCAAUGACGUUAGCACGUCACCUAUACCCUUACAGAAGUCUCCGAUACCAGGCAUUGCCCAGCAGCAACAAAGGUCACCACUGAGCAAAUCGCCACAGCCAUCACCAGUCCUAUCUCAACUAUCYGCUGUCUCGAACCUAAUUGACACAGCUACAAAACAAAUCAACAUUGGCAGCAGUUURCAACAAGAACCUGAAGUAAAACAUUCUAAGGAGUUUUGGGCGACUUUCGACUCACCGAAGCCAAAUAUCGAAAAGGUAGAUAAACGCGGCAGGGCUGCGGCGAAGUCUACGAUGAAGAAUUCAUUGUUACAUUUACCACCUCCGCCGCCUUCGAACACCUCACAGAACGAUACAGCGGAAUCCCCAUGUUCGUCUGAUCCACGCGAUUAUGGUUGGAGUAAGARCACGGGUGUCAGUCGUCGUUGGCCAAAGAAAGAACGUCAUCAGACUUCGUCUUCAUCUCGCGAUAUCAGUCCAUGCGAUGAUGAGCCGUCUGAUUUUCAAAAGCCAAAACGCAUUCCCAGUGGAGUGCCCGYAAUACCGCCGCCAUCUUCAGAUCGGCAUGGGUAUUAUGUGAGACACACMCGCCGCUUGAACUCCUGUGAUGAGGAUUAUGACUACGAGGAGGAAUUCAACACAAGACGUGAUCAUCGUAAACUAAAGCCAGGACUUUCGCGAAGCCGAGAUAACUUCGAUUUAGAAUCUCCUAGUUGGUACCGYCAUGCUCCACACCACACCUGGUCGCCGCAGGAUAUGGAGCAAGCAGCAAGUAUGCGCGCACGCGCUUUCGAACGUAGCGCCUAUGAACGCACCACAUACGGACCUCCAGUCUACGACAAACGCGGCGUUGCGCUGCCACCCAAUGCGUCUUCAAGUUAUGAUCGACGUAGUGGCUACGACAAACGCAGCAAAUAUUAUCGUGAUUACGCUCGUCCAAAUUACGAUUUUGAUGAUUACGGUGAUUCGCCCCAUGAACGUUAUCGCGAUGGAGGAAGUUUCGAGAAACCAAAAGUUGGACGACGUUCCGACUAUGAAAAUAUUUACGAUGAGGGUCGCUCUCCAAUGAGUGGAAUAGUCGGCAGUAGUGGCGGUGGUAGYAGUGGUUAUAAGACACGCGGUGGGGAUUACAUGUACGAUCGAGAGCGUAAAUCCUUCGAUCGUGAAAGCGUCGAAUCGUUUGAGAGCGCUACCCGACGUCGGCGUAGUUUUGGAAGUGGCGAUGUGUAUGGAAGCAUGGAAAGCCACGAAGAAUUUCGCGAACGUUAUGGACCGGAGAAAACACGCUCGCUGCGAAAGGGCAUGAAGUUGCGAGCUACAGGCGAUAUUGAGUACGAGCAAGAUUCGGAGAAUGAUUUUCAUCAGCGCACACGCAUGACGGGCGGUGGAAGUAGUGUAAAUGUACCGGAUACGCGCAGUUUACAGCGCCCGAGCCAAUUGAUAUCCAGUAAUACGGGAAACACCAUGAGCAUGGGGCCCGGACAACCGCGGGCGCGUAAAAGUAGCGGUUCCAGUCCUUGGGAUGGUGAAGAACCACCGUUGCCAGGUCAAAAAUCCUGGAAACGUCCUUCAAGUGCUGCGGACACAGAACGACGACUGGCUGAAAGCAGGCGGGCUGCCGCACUCGGACAGACACCCUCCGGCUCUGAUGGCGAAAAGGAUCGCAGGUUCCGCAAAAAACAGCGGUCACGUGGCAAAGAUAUUCCUUAUAGCAGCUCGGUCCUACCACCGUCCAAUACUAGUAGUCGAUACAGUGGUACCGUUGCCGCAACAACUCAUCCUCGUGACAAUUACGAUUAYAUAACAUACGACGACGACGAUGUCGGUGACGAGGAAGACUAUGCGGAUGAGGACUAUGACGAGCCGCCCACAGAUGAGGACAAAUUCGAACGCUUGAAUAGGCGUCGCCAUGAGAUGCAUCAACGUAUGUUGGAGAGCGAACGCAGACAGCAUUCUAUGGGAAAAGUGCCCAUUAGUUCCCUUAAAUGUAGUGCUCCGACGGCGGCAACAAAGAAAUAUCCCACAAGAGGCGGCGAAUAUGAUUUCGACGAUUAUGAACAAUCUCCAACAUCACGUUCGAAUGCCAGCGCCAGUUUAGCAAGCGCCGCCAGCUCUUAUAUAGCUACGACUGGUGCCGGCGGCAGCGCUGGAAGUGCURCGAAAUUCAGUUUUGAUGGUGGCUUUGAAUCGGACUUCAACCAAAGCUCUCCACCGCCGGCACCCGCUGGCACUGCAUCCAGCUGCAAUUCGACGCCCGCAGCCACCACAGCGAGCGCAUGYGUGACACCGGCAACCAAGUCGUCRUUYCGCUUCUCGAAUGACUUCUCCGAACGAGAAAAAUUGCAUGGCUUCCCACAAAACUCCAACAGUGUAAGCAGCGCGCAACARUUGGACUUAGACAAUACGCAACCACCAGCACCGCAUGCCAUGCCCCCCAUMAUCACGCARAAAUUACGUUUCGACGAUAAUGUCAAAGUUUCACAAUUCGACGACGCAGCUUUCGAAGAUGACUUUUCGAAUGCACAAUUCGACUUCGAAAAGGAGGACCAAUGGCACGCGGACUCAUUGCAAAGCGCUAGCAGCGCCGCACUCAUGACCACCGCUGCGAAAAAACACAAUCUACGAAAUAGCAAACUGCAACAGCGACAGGAACUGAUCAAGAAAUCMGAAUCCAUUAACAUUUUCGGCAAGAAAUCGGAGGAUCCUUUCGAGGACGAUGAGUUCUUCAAGGCGCCGGGCGGUGAAGGCGCAUUAGCCAACAAC